GGCCAGCAGUCUGGAGUGGCGAUAUGAGUGUGUCCCCAGUGGAGAGCGACAGGAGGGCUAAGUCAUCUUCCUCCUAAAGACAGAGCCUGGCAGCCAGCCUCCAGGUGGCUGGAGGCAGGUCGGCGCCACGAAGCUGUGUCCGCCCGGCCAAGACAAUGUCUGGACGUCCAGUGAGCCGUUCCAACAUUUACACCCGCUUCACCCACCCCAACAAUGCGUCCUUUUCGGCCCAGGCUCCAGGUUGGCACCAUGGCCCCAGUGUGAGUUGGGCUGACAGUGUCAAGCGCUCCCGCACCCCGCGUGGCUCUGAGGUCACCAGCUGUGGCAGCUCAGAGCAGCCUGAGAGCCCCAGGAGCUUCAGACUUCCAAUGAGGAAAAUCUGCAUGGGCCGCCCCUACUACUCCAAGUGUGUAGAGACCAGCCACCUAGCAAACCGCCCCAAGGUGGCCAGAAAUCCCUCUUGCCAUGACGCCCCCUGCUACCUGCUCUGUAAGGAAAGUCCCUCAGGCCCCUAUAGCCCCACCUUCCUGGACCAGCUCAUCAAAGGCAUCAACUACCUUGACAGAUCCACCAGUGCCUUCUCCUCCAAGUCAUCACUGAACCUGCCGCGGCUCGCGGCCACCUGCCUGGAGCGCGCCGCCAACUCCAUCCAUCUGGACCCCCCAGACCUCUCCUCCCCCCAUAGUCACUCCAGACCCGUCACCAGCGUGGCUGCUUCUGACAACUACACCAGCACCUGCAUGGUGUCGUCCACGGGGGGCGUCAACACUUUGCAGGGUGUGGAUGGGUCUGCCCAUGCCAGCUGCCCGAGCUGGCUUCAAAGCCAGAGCGCCCCACCCGCGCUGCCCCAGAGGCCGGGGAUGAAGCUGCCCGAGCUCCCCUUGUUCGGCAACAGGCUCUUUUCCCUAGGUCGUCUGCCCAAGUUCUGGGAGGCAAUCCGCUCGAGCUGGAGAGCCCCUGAGCCCAUCUCUAAACCCUGUAGCUGGUGGUAACAUCGACUGCAUGAUGGGCCCGUGUCCACGAGACUGCAGCUGUAGGAAAUAAACGGUCUGUGGCAAAAUG